AUGCCGUCGUCCAACAUCCAGGUCUUCGUCAAAUGGAAGGAUCAGACGAUUUUCGCCGGCGAAGAUGUGGAGUGUGUCAUCACCUUUAAGAACGUGACGGACACCACCCCUGCCGCCAGCAUUGGAGGUGAGGGCCACCAGAGGAAGCUGUCUCGAGUCGCCAACCACGCCAGCAACUCCGCCUCCGACUCCUUCUUCUCCUUCAAAUCCCCCAACAGCUUGUUCUCGGGCCGGCGAUCCUAUUCGAUCGGCUCCCAACGGAAGCCCUUCCACCGAACCGCCUCAUCGCUGAGCUCCCCGCUGGUCGGCUCCAACAGCUUCCCGCCAAAUAGCCCCUCCACACCCCGAUCCUGGCAGCCCGGUCACAGCCACAAGAGAUCAGUCUCCAUUCUCUCCAUAGACAGUGAAGGUCACGUCGACUCCAGCCCUUCACCGCAGAACUUCGCUCGAGGCAAACCAAUAGCCAGGGGCCAUGGGCGCUCAGCAAGUCUUCAGGUUGCGCCCCGGAGGAACGAUAGCUAUGACGAGGCGUACAGGAAAGGUAUGUCCCAGCAAUUAGGGAAGUCCCGCACAAAGUCUGACUGUGCUUUCUUAGUCGGGAGAGCUUCGAUCCGUGGCUUCUCACCAAUGGACACACCACUCGAGUCAGCCUUGGGCGAUCUCAGGGUCGACACCAAUCACUCAGCCCGAGCAAACCGUCAUAGUCCAAUGGCAAAUAGCCCAAUAGUCCCGGGGGAGCCAAUGCGCAUGCCCGCGCGAAGACCACAGCCACCCGCCAUCGACUUCAAAUUUCCAGCUGCUCCCCCGCCUUCCGAACCGACUAAUGUCCGGUCUGCUGCUCGAACUCCUUCCCCGAAAUCAGGUGAAACAAAUGGAAGGAAAACAAAGGAUCCGUCCGUGGCCCCUAGCCACCAGCAGCUCGCGCGGGUUCUAUCGGCCACCAGCGUGAAUGGAAGCAGUCGAAGCAGCGGCGAAUUUUACUCCGUCAGCGACCAUUCGAGUGAGACACUUGCAUCAGAAUAUACAAACUACUCCGUUCAGGGUGCACGGCCUCCCCCUCCUGCUCGACAUGCACGGCACCACUCCAGCAUCGUACCCUCGAUCGCCAAAGCGGACGACCAGGCCUUGCUGAUGGGAUAUGCGCAGGUCAGCGCAUCGUUUACAGUUGAUGGUUCACUAAUUGAUCAAUCUGUAUUCGACGAAGUGAAACGCAAGGGAGUGGUUGGUGGGCAGGGAAGUGGACUUCCUGGCCGCGCCAACCCGUCCACCGAUCGCUCGCGCAAAGGUGGCGGGUUCUGGGGUGCGUUCAAAUGGAACACCAUUGAAGAAUCCAUCAAUGGCCUGAUGUCGAACAACGAACUGGAUGGCUUGCGAGAAAUGCGCGGCGUCGCCUCCUCGCGGUCAAUACCUUUACUCUCCACCACCCAAUCGCUUCUCUUUGUCGACCUGCGACUGGCGCCGGGCGAGGAGCAGUCAUACACCUUCUCGUUCACCCUCCCAGAAGGACUUCCAGCAAGUCAUAAGGGGAAAGCCAUCAAAAUCUCGUAUAAUUUAGUCAUUGGCACUCAGCGGCCGAGCGGACCCAAUGAGCCUCAGAAGGUUAACCGCAUCAACAUUCCUUUUCGGGUGUUUAGCGGUGUGAAUGGUAAGCUGCCUCUGUAA